AUGGGUAGAUUAAAAAGUUUUGAUUUAACAGUAUUGGGUGUUAUAUUUAUUGCAGGUAUUUAUACUGGUACCAAAUUUUUUGAACCAAUUGUUAUUGAUCAAUUGAAAAAGGAUGGCAAUUUAAGAACUGAUAUUGAAGUUCCAUUAUAUGAUGAUUCAGGUAAUCCAUUAGUUCCGAAGAAUAUGAUGAAUAUUAAAGAUGAACUGACUAGGGUUAGCGAAGAAAGAAACAAAGAACGUGUUUUUAAGGAAGAACAAUUUCAACAACAAAAUAAAAAAUAA